AUGCCUCAGAACUGUCUACCUGAGGGUGCACAGGAGGAAGCAUUUGCCUUUAGCUCUCAGCUGCCAUUGACUGAAAGUUACCCCAUGUUAUUGCUCCCCAACUGCCUUUGUGUGCAUGAUGAAUGGGAUCCUACAGCCUCUCGGCACAGAUUUGGAAAGGCCCUGGGCAGUCACUUAAGGCAAGACACUGUUAGUACAAAGAGAGACAAAGCAAGCCCUCAAAUGAUUGUCAGAAGCAAGGCUGGAAUCAGAGCAUAUGUAAGAGGUUACAGGAUGGUGCCUAAGAAUAUGGGCUUUAGAGACAACUUUGAUGUGAAUCCUGGCUGUACCUGUUGCAAAGAGGAAACAGCGUUGGAAGUUCUCUCAGGGCAACUGUCAACCUCCUUGCGGGGACAUUUGCCUCCUGCCAAGAAGAGACACGGUCCCUCUGGAAGCCUGGGCUGCAGGCACCAGUUCCCCGAUAUCUACGCCCCCUGGUGGGUUGGAGCAGGCUGCGUUGCGCCUGGGAGCCACAGGCCAAGCAACCUGCAGCGUGAACCACGCUCCAGCCUCUGCAGGCGCCCUUGGGCCAUGCAGGAAGCCCUAGCGGAAGUAGAGCCCCAGGCCGCAAGGGCCCAGCCUACCGUGGGCGCUGUGCCUGGGGAGAAAAAGAAGUCUAGGAAAAAACCCUGGUACAUAAAGAUGGUUCCAGCUAGCCUGAUCAGGUUCCGCAAUGUCUUAAAAAAGAAAAGAAGCAAGGCUGGGGCCGUAACCCCCAUAAUCCAGAAGCCCCCAAAGGGGUAUGAAAAUUUUGAGGGGCCCUGUGGUUUGGGCCAUAUAGUCAUUGGCAGCUGUCAGCAUUUUAAUAACAUCCACUGCUUCCUGAUUUUCUACUGCACCCUGGUAUUCUCUCAAGGUAUUGUGUUUGCCCUUGUAGAUCUCAACAUUGACACGUUUUGGAGGAACAGUCGUCUGAAAACCAUUGAGAGUGUGGUGCUGUCAUUGACUUAUGAUAUUUCAUCUUGCCUGGUAGUAGUGUUUAUAUCAUACUAUGGAGGGAGAGGAAACAUUCCAAAAUGGAUUACAGCUGCCUCCUUUUUAAUAGGAUUUGGAUCACUUUUAUUUGCUUUUCCAUUCUUUCAUGGUAAAAAUUAUCAAUUGACUGUACAAACGGAAGAUAUUUGUGAAGACAUGAAGACUACUCAAGCUUGCAAGAGAUCCAUUCCAUCCCAAUCAAAUUAUGUGCCUUUCUUCAUCUUUGGGCAGACUGUGCAGGGAAUAGCAGGAAUGUGUCUUUAUAUUCUUGGAGUAUGUUUUCUUGAUGACAGCGUUGCCACACACUCAGUUGGUAUUUAUCUAGGCAUUAUGGAUGCUUCGGUAAUAAUUGGGUAUGCUGUGGGUUAUACAAUAGGAGCACCCCUGGUUAAGACCUCUGUGAACAGUACUUUUAAUAAAAGCAUUGGAGACAGUCAUAAUGAACAUUGGCUGCAGACAUGGUGGAUUCGUUUUGUUUUUGUCUCAGUUAUUGCAUGGUCUACAUUAAUACCAUUGUCAUGUUUUCCACACCAUUUACGAGGUACAGAAAGGAUAAGGGCUGGGAAAAAGAAAAGGCCUCGUUUGUUGGACAGAAGGUUUAAAGAUCAGGAAUUUGGAACCAGUAUCAAAGAUUUAUUUGCUUCUGUUUGGUUUUUGAUGAAGACUCCAAUGUUUGUGUGCCUAGCUCUGACCAGAGCUUCACAAUUUUUAGUUAUGGUUGGGGCAUCUGAAUUUUUGCCUAUAUAUCUAGAAAAUCAGUUUGUACUGACAGCCACUAAGGCAACUAUACUUUCAGGACUUGUUUUAAUUCCAGGAAGUGCACUUGGCCAGCUUCUGGGAGGCAUCAUUGUUUCCAAGUUACAUAUGUAUUGUAAGGGCCUUAUGACAUUUAUAAUAGUUACAUCUACUAUCUCGCUUGUACCGAUUAUGUUUGUAAUUUUUGUACACUGUAAUCCAACACCAGUUGCUGGAAUCAAUGAAGAUUAUGGCGGAACAGGGCAGUUGGGAAACCUGACAGCUCCUUGCAAUUCUCACUGUAGAUGCUCACCUUCAUUUUAUUCUGCUGUAUGUGGAAGAGAUGAUGUCGGGUAUUUUUCUCCUUGCUUUGCAGGCUGUACAUAUUCUAAAACAUUCGGUGAUCAUAAGACAUACUUCAAUUGUUCUUGCAUUGAUGAAGGAUUAAUAACCUCAGAUGAUCAAGGUGAUUUUAUUGAUGCUAGAUCUGGAACAUGUGAUGCAAAGUGCUAUAAAUUACCUUUGUUCAUUGUUUUAACCUUUUCUACAAUUGUAUUUUCUGGUUUCUCUGAUAUACCAAGCAUCCUGACCAUCCUUCGGAUUGUAUCUGACAAACAGCGUUCUCUGGCCCUGGGUAUGAGCUACGUGAUUUUGAGAGUAUUUGGAAGUAUACCUGGACCAGUAGUUUUUAAAAUGGUUGGAGAAAGUUCUUGCACCUUUCGGGCUACUGAAAGCUGUGGCGAAACAGGAGGUUGUCGGAUCUAUAAUACGAUAAAAAUGGCCUACCUAUUUGUAGGAAUAUGUUUUCUUUGCAAAGUGUUCACUAUCAUCUUCACUGCUAUUGCAUUUAGCCAAUACAAAUAUUUACUAAAGGAAAACAGUACCAUCAUGACUAUACCUGUGAAGCAUGUAACACUUUCCUGCCAGCAUCCAAGGGGAGCUUCACCGCCACCAGACUCCUAUAACCUCUAUUUGGUUCCCAGUCCCUGGGCUCCCCGAGGGAGCGCGGCGGGCUGCGGACGCCGCGCAGAGCGCUGGCCUCGUCCCCUGGCGGCGGCCAGGCAGCGCGCCCACGCCGCGCACCCGCUGGCCCACGCCGCGCAUUCGGGUUGGCCCCAGCGGCGACAGGUGAGGCGCGGAGCACGGCUCACUCCCCAGCCAGGAGGCAGCAAGCUCGCGGCAGAGGGUUCCGGCAGCGGCUGCAGCGGCGGUCGGAACCUUAGAAGGCGGGGAGGCGGGGAGCCUCCCCGCGCGGGGGCGCUGCCACCUGCCCAGGGGAGGAGCCAGAGUGGGACCCGGUUUUGUGCUGCUCCGACGCCCUGGAGUUUGGAGAACCCGUCCUGA